AUGCGGCCGACCUCAUCAUUUGGGACGAGGAUUCCAGACGACAUCCUUUUUACGCCACAUGGACCCAAUCUCAACAACGAGCACGAGAUCCAACUUAUCCGCACCAUCUACCCCAAUAUCUCCAUCGGCAACUUUGCACCUCACGACAUCAAGCGCACCGCUAUUUUGACAACACUGAACAAGGAUGUCAAUUACAUGAACAACCUGUCACGAGACAAGAGCUUGCUCUUGUGA